AUGGAUGCUCUGAGCUUGGCGAAGAAGUUUCAGCCGGGGCUGAAUGCUUCUCUCAAGCAUGAUAUAGUACCCCUGGAGUUGGCUACUGUGGCACUUAUCGUGGCUAAGGCCAUGGCACUUGAGCAGGAUACCCAGCUUCACCAGGGUGAGUUGGCGGCUUCGAGAGAUUCCCAGGGAAGGGGGAAGGCGUUGGCGGAGAGUAGUGGUUCGAUGGGUCAUCGAGGUGGGUUCUGGAAAAGGCAUAGGACUUUUCAGCAGGCUUUUGCUGGGGUAGCCGCUGAACCUAUUAGGGCUAUACCUAUUAGGAAGGUUGCACCCUUAACCUGUCAUAAGUGCAGGGAGGUGGGCCAUUUGGCAAAGCAGUGUGUGAGGCCGAAGACUAGGUCAUGUUAUAAUUGCGGGCAGGCAGGACAUUUGGCCAAUGAGUGUACCCGGCCUUAG